AAUGACUUUCACGUUACUGUCACAUCAGACCAAGGAGAGAAAGCUGUAAAUAACUGUAGGGUUUUCAGAAGUUGACACUAGACAACUAUAACGGCUACUAACAAUGGAGCUGAACAGAAAAGGAGAAUCGCUUUAUAACAGUGACAUACAGGAACUUCCCAGAGAUUUAGUGACAUCUUUCGUGAACAUGGAGACAGAUGCAUCUAUGGACAUGAAUUCCAGUUUUAAUAAAGAAGAACCAGAUCAUUCCAGCAGUUCACAAGAAAAAGAAAAGAAGAUACAAAAGAAAGAAGAAGGACAGGAGAAGAAAAACAUGUAUUACAAGUUAAAGGAAAUGAAAGAAAUCAACACCAGACUUAAGGAAAUGUUAGAGGAACUGAAAACACAGUUGAUUGAAAUGGACGAGGAGAGCAAUAUACUUAAGGGACAGUUAAAGGAAGUGACUUCACAGUUGACUAAAAAGGACGAGGAGAGCAAAAGACUUGAGGAAAGGUUACAAGAGGCAAAUCAUACGAACAGGAAAUUAAAGAAGAACAUUCAUUCUUUCAUUUGGCUGAUCUCCAUUCUGGUUCUGGUUCCACUGGGUAUUGGAUUAUAUUUUCAUUUUGAAGGACAUGAAGUGAAUCAUCCUGAGCUUCGACUGAUGUUAGUGGGGAAAACUGGAGCAGGAAAGAGUGCAUCAGGAAACACCAUCCUGCGUGAAGAAGCCUUCAGAGUCGAGGCAUCUCCUGCAUCUGUGACCACAAUCUGUAAGGUGAAGAACAAACUCCUGGAUGGAAAAAACAUCACCAUAAUUGACACUCCUGGUGUCUUGGACACAUGGCUAAUAUCGAACCGAAAGGCCAAUCAUGCACAUGAUUGUAUCUCCAUGUUUUCUCCCAAACCUCAUGUCUUCCUGUUGGUGAUCAGGCUGGGAAGAUUCACGGUGGAGGAGAACAAUGCUGUGAAGUGGAUUCAGGAGACCUUUGGAGAAGAAGCUCUGAAUUUCACCUUUAUUCUGUUCACUGGUGGAGAUCUGCUGGAAAAAAAGCCAGUGGAAAACUUUAUCAGUAAUAGUUAUGAGCUGCGGAAUCUUGUAGAUACCUGCAAAGGUAGAUAUCAUGUUUUUAACAACUAUGAUAAAAGUAACCGCACACAAGUCACAGAGUUGUUAGAAAAGAUCAAUGUAUUGCUACACUUGAACAUGGGUUACUUUUACACAAAAGAGCAUAGUAACUUUAAGAGCAAAGAGAUGGCAAUCAGACAGGAAGAGGAAUUAAAGAGGAAAGCUUUGAAAGAAGGAAUGCAAAUGGAGGAGAGAAGGAAGAUAAAUGAGAUGGCAAUGAAUCUGAGAGACGAGCAGUAUGAGAUCAAAAAUCUGAAGGCAGAGUUAGAAGAUGCAUAUCAGACAUCUUUCUGGUUUAAGGUCUCAACUGGCUUCCUCGCUCUAAUAUUGAUCAUUGUGUUUUGCAGAAUGAAGUAAACUAGUCGAAGCAUUGGGGGAUUUUCACAGCUAAUCAGGCCAGGGCUUAAAAUAACAGUUUGUGUUAUCUUUAAAACUAACAGCAAAUUGAGGUUAAACUUACCCAUUUUCUAAGUAUUUUUUUUUUUCAAAUACUUUACAUAUUAUCUUACUUACAAAGGUUAUACAAAUGAUAAUAAUGAUCUGGAGUACACAAAAUGUCGUGUUGUAGUGUUAGGAUGUGUUGUGAAUGUAUUUUCAUUUUUUUGUUCAUUCAUUAAAAUGAAAACUUUUAAUUAA